AUGUCGCACUCUCUCCGCCCGUUGCUCCCGGCUACAAAUAACAGUGGAUCUCGCGACACCGCAGACUCACCCCCAGCCGGCAGUCGUCCAGCCAAACGGGCCCCUACCAAGGCUGCCUGCGAAGCCUGUCGGAGGAGGAAAUCAAAGUGUAGCGCCGAGCGACCACGAUGCACAAUCUGCGUCGAGAGAAACACCAUAUGCGAAUACAGUACCCUCCCAGCAGAGACUCAUUUGACAGCGCAGAAACGCCGCUUCAAUGAUCUCCAAUCCAAGUGUGAAUCUUAUGAAAGUCUGGUUGACCUCUUCCGGACGAGACAGGAGGAUGAAGCAUUAGGGGUAUUCCAACGCAUCCGUGCUGGCGUCGAUGUCGAGGCCAUAGUGAGGAACAUUCAAGACGGCGACCUACUUCUUCAACUAUCACUCCGUCCAGAAUGCCGAUCCCGAUACGAGUUCCCAUACAAACGAAGAUUACCUGCUUAUCUGAUCGAUAACUCCAACAGCUCGUUGCGCAAUCCAUAUCUGGAGUCGACGUUAUAUGUAAAAACGAGUGUCCUUCCUUCGCAUGCCGAAGUACCAAUGGAAGUCGGUCCCCAGAUUGAAGGCGAUGAUGGGCAUUGGGUUUAUACAACACCCUACCAUGCCGCGGAGUUGCUGGAACCAAGGCUGAGCUCGAUCGAUGUCACUAGGUGGACUGCUGUACCGGCCAGCAACUCGGUGCUGCGUACCCUUCUUGAAAUUUAUUUCAUUUUUGAAUAUCCAUCCAACACAUAUUUCCAUAAGGACCUGUUCCUGGACGACAUGGCGGAUGGCAACCAGAGAUUCUGCUCACCCCUGCUGGUAAAUGCCAUCCUAGCAGCAGCAUGGCAUGGCUAUUACGCAAACAAGACACGUGCAGAUUUCUGGCGUCCUGAGAGCCUGGGGUACCGCUUUUCUGCUGAAGCACACCGGCUACUCCAUCGCGAGAGGGAUAUGGCAAAGAUCACGACGGCGCAGGCUAUGACUGUCAUGAAGCUGACCCACAACAGCAAUGGUACUGAUGACCUCGGCUGGCCUCUUUUGCACGGAGCUAUAGAAAUGGCUCAGGAACUUGAUCUGUUCAGUCUAUCUCGGGAAUCAGAUGCUGCCUGGCAGAGAGCAGCCGCGAUUACGUCUUGGGGCAUCUUCAACUUACAAACAAGGCACCCGGCACACCACUUGCCUGAUCCGGAUGCUGCUCCCGCUUUCUAUGGAGAGAUCCUGGUCAAGUAUCCCGCUCCUGCCACAGCCAUCAGUAUAAGUCAUGGCCACGUUUUCAGGGCGAUAUCAGAAUACCGUGUUAUUCUAAAUACGGUCUGUCUGGAGAUCCACAGUAAUGAAGCAAAGCGUAUCCCCCUAGAAGCAGCCUUUCGGGUACGGCUCAGCCUGAGAGAUUGGUAUGAGGGCCUUCCAGGCUGUUUAGAACCUGACAAUAUAGCUCUGCCAAGUCACCUGAUGAUACACCCAACCCCAACCCAAGUCAUUGCUCAGGCGAAAGGCUGUCUCGAAACUAUCGUACGCCUGUAUUACUUACGGCACGGCUUCGAGUCUUAUGAUCCAGCUUUGAUCUUGUACGCAGAUCUGUUGGCCUGGAGCUCACUCCGAGAUUACCUCCAGAUGAAGGCCAACGGGUCGGCUCAUGCGGAUGCAAUGUUUUCAACGUUGGUGCUCUGUGCAAAGGCAUUGUGGGACCAAGGCAAGAAUUGCAUCAUGUCGGAGGCCAUUUUCUGGUUCCUGAGGAGUUCCCUUCCCGGAAAGGAGGAGGUACGACUAUUUCGCGAGGUUGCCGAAGUAGACGAGGAAAUCAACGGGAUCAGUCGAUUCAUAUCGGAGAUCCGGUCAUCGUGGCCGGUCGGCAUCUUCAGCAACGUGAAGUCGAACGUAGAGGCUGUCAGGCUUGGGCGCUUUGUCUCGUGGUAUGAGAAGACGAUUGAGGAGCAAUCUCAGCAGCUAUCUACACAGGGUUCGGACCAAGCUGACAGCCCUGACGCCGAUUGGCUUCCAUAUCCAUGA